AUGUCACCAAAGAAGAAGGCUGCUGCUAAGGGCAGUGCCAGUGCCAGCACAAAGCCGGAGCCAGAAGCCAGCGCAGUAAACUCCACGAACGACGCGCUAGCUUCAGAGGACGCGCCAGGGACUGAAACCGCAGAGCCACCCAAGCACGAUGCGCAGCCUGCUAAAGGAGAUCCCAACGCCAAUGCCGCCAACGAGGAGAAGACAGGCGAGACCACUGAGGAUGCUAAGCUCAGCUCAGACGAUGUCACCGAGAACGGCAUCAAAGCCAAGGACCUCGUGACCAAGAAGAUCGAAAGGGAAAGCACCAAAUCGACUAAGAAGCGCAAGAACGCUGCUGAGCCAAAGAAGCCCGCCAAGGUACCACGCGAAGGCUCGCGAUCCUCUGCGCGCGGCCGUGCCAGCAAGAGCGACUUGUCCAACGAGCAACUGCUUCGUUACCUCUUGUCCACCGAUGCCGAAGAGCUGUUGCGUCCGGACAACGAGAAGGACUACGUCAAGCAGCAUCCCAACAACCGUACCUAUUCUUCAUCCGCGCUCAACCCAUUCGAGGAGCUCAUGUGCGCCAUGAUCCUCUCUCGCCCAGUCAGCCACGGCCUCGGCCACCGGGCGAUUCGUACAGUGCUCAACGACCCGUACGACUUCACAAGUGCGCAAGCCGUCAAAGACGCUGGCGAAGAGAAGGUCGCGCAAGCCCUCUACGAUGCCAAGACUCAGCAUAAAGACAAGACGGCGGCUCAAAUAAGUCAGUUCGCAGAGACCGUAGUUGAGAAAUACACGUCAGAUGGCAAGGAGGGCACAACGCUCAGCAAGGCGCUGAGUGAUAACGAAGACGACGCGUCUUUGGCCUUGAAGUCAUUGAAGAACGAGAUCAAGGGUUUCGGCGACACUGGUAUAGACAUCUUCCUUCGAAGAGUGCAGUGGUUGGAGCCCUGGACUUCCUCCUAUCCUUUCGUGGACGGAAAGUCGCAGGACGCGCUUCGCGCUCUCGGACUCCCACAGGACCACGAGGACCUGAAGCAGGUGCUAGAAGAGCACUGGAGCAAGCUAGGCACGACACAUUUGGCAGGCAAGGACAAUGACCAGAAGAAGCGCCGAGCAUUCGUUGUCCUUCUCGAAAGAGUGACCACCGCCAAACUGGAUAACAAGGAGAAUGAAGUCCGAGAAGCUGCUGCGAACAGCGCCUGA